GGUCCGGCAUUGACAUCUGAGAACCAGCCAGUAAACAAUAACAAUAUGAAAUGUACAUUUGAUUUAAUUUGUGUAUCUCUAUUUCUCGGUCAUUUUUCUAUAGUAUUUUGUGCUAAAGAUGAAGACCAGGGACCGGUGAUACCACCUUCAAAAUGUGAAGUUUGCAAAUUCCUGGCCACAGAGUUAAAGGAAAGAUUAGAUGAGACAGGGAAAAGUAAGGAGGUUCUUGAGCUCGGACAUGGUCUUGAUACAAAAAGGAAGAAAAUCAAAUACAAUACUGCGGAGUUGCGGUUGAUAGAAGCCUUACAAGACCCCCAUAUCUGUGAGAAAAUUCUUGACUACAACAUUCACAAGGAGAGAGAUGGGAGCAACCGGUUUGCCAAGGGCCAGAGUGAAACUUUCGAGACACUACAUAAUUUAGUGGACAAAGGGGUGAAGGUGGAUUUAGGGAUCCCGUAUGAACUCUGGGACACGCCCUCGGCAGAGGUCACACAGCUCCAGAGAGAAUGUUUCAACGUGGUAGAACGCUACGAGGAGGCGAUUGAAGACUGGUACUACAAAUAUCAGGACCAGGACAUCAUGGACUAUCUAUGUAGAAAACAUGUGCUUAAACCUGAUGACCAGGAAUGCCUGGAUGAGACAUGGAAGCCAAAGGGAGAUAGAGGGGACAAGAGUGCUGAUAAGCCCCACAAAGAGAAAUCCAAGAAAAAGAAAGAUAAAAAAAAAUUAAAAGGCGAUUCGGGAAUUCGGGAUGAAUUGUGACAACUGAGAUCGUAGCCCUGAGCAUCAGGACUCCCUAGAGCAGCUCCAUCAAAACUCUGACCAAAGUGCCAUUUUCAAAAUAUUGAAGCAUUUAAUUCAUCUAGUUAUGAAUGCUCAAUCAUGACAUUAGUUGUCGGGUUUUUUUUCAAUCAUAAAGAUUCUAAUGUUCUUUUUGUUUCAUUUGCUAGCUUGUCUCCAUUUCAUCAUGAUUCAUCAGGCAAUUGUGUUUAAUUCAAUUGUGUUUUUCUGUUGUUGUUUUUUAACAGCUGAUUAUUAAGGUAUCUCAAUAUAUUGGUAUUGUUGAUGACUUGUUUAGUAUACAACAUGUAGAUAAUAACAUUCCUGUAGCACAGCAGUCUUUGAAUCAAUGUCUGUGUAAAUAAAAAGGAUGAUUUUUAUUACUUAUUAAAGAUUUAAAAAAGUU